GUGGGUUAAGAGCCUCAUUCGUGGACUUAGACAGAAAAGAAAGUUUAAUAAACAAAUAAAUAAUAAUAAUAAAUGAAUAUUCGCAUAGUGACAAUAAGUAACAAUAAUAAUAAUAAUCGAAGACUUAAUCCUCUUACUCUCUCCAAUCUCCAUAGCUCACACUUUUUCUUCUCCCUCACAAACCAAUAAUCGGAUCCUGAAAUUCAUUCCUUCCUCCAUGAAAUUACUGCUCAAUUAGGCAUAACCUGCCUUUGUGAAAAUGGGAAAACCAAAAGGGAAAAAAUCUGAUGGAACCAAAAAAAAGAUUGACAGUGGUACAAAAUGCAAUUCUAAACAACAGACUGCAGAGAAAGAUAAUGAACAUCCUGAAUGGUUGCCUGAUGGCUGGAAUGUGGAAUUCAGAACCCGAAAAAGUGGUCCGGCUAAGGGAACUGGAUAUAAGUGUUAUAUUGAUCCAUCAAAUACACACAAAUUCUACUCCAAACCCGAAGUAUUGCGACAUCUUGAAACUACAAAGGACAGCAACUGCUCUUCCAAGAAGACGAAAGGAACUGGAAAGCAUCCCCCAAGCAAGGAGGAGGAGGAGGAGGAGGAGAAAUGCUCUAGCAAGCAUUCUCCAAGCAAGGGGGAGGAGAAGCGCACUAACAGUAACCGACAUUCUCCAAGCAAGGAGGAAGACAAAUGCAUUAACAUGCAUUCUCCAAGCAAGGGGAAAGAGAAAUACAUCAACACACAGUCUGUAAGCAAGGACGGAGAGAAAUGCACCAACACACACUCUCCAAGCAAUGUUACGGGUGAAAAGUCCACUGUGGAGGAUCUACCACCUGGAUGGAUUAAAGAAGUAAAGAUUCGGAAGCACAGAAGUGGCAUAAAGAAAGAUUGGUUUUAUAUUGAUCCAGUGAGUGGAUAUGUAUUCCAUUCCAAGAAGGAUGUAACGCGUUAUCUCGAAUCUGGAGAUAUUAGCAGAUGUGCCAUGAAACCAAGUAGAAGACAACAUCAAGAUGAAGACAACUCAACUCCAUCACCUGCUGCCAAGAGACAGAAACCAAAGCAGUCUACUACACCCGUGCAAAAGAAUUUUGUUGCCGAAGAACUAGUUGAAAGCUUAGAAUUGCCGGAUGUUAACAACUCAAGGAAAGGGCAAGAUGUGAAUGUGCCAUCUGGAACAAUGGUUUCUCCUGAUACGUCAGGUGAAUCCUUGAAAGUGGGUCGUCGGUUUUCACAGAGACUAGCUGGGGUUGAACCUGUCAAAUUGGCUGACAAUGUGACAGUGACUAAUGAUCAGACUCUUCUAGUUCCAAAAAGAAAUUUGAGAAAAAGCAGAACCACUUUAGCCGCUGAUAUGGAAAAUAAAUCACCUCAGCAUUUCAAUGGUGUCCCAGAAAUUGAGCAACCAAAGGCAACAGACACAGGCAACACACUUUCUGAAGUAGUUUUCAAAGAACAACCACGUCAGCUAGGAAGAGAUAAAAUAGAAAAAAAUAAACCAGAACUUCAUACCAACUCAAACAAAUCCAGUAAGAAGAAAGAGCCCCGCAUUCCUUGUCGGGCGUCAAAACGACUGGCGGGAUCUGAACCUGGGCUGAUGAACUCCAUAUCCUGUGAAAAAACUUCCAAAAAUAAAAGCAAAAGGUCCAAGGAAGUCAUAGCUGAAUUGCAGAAAAGGGAGGGUGCGCAAAUUACCGAGCUUACAGAUCAUGCACCAUUAAAUGGAGAGUCAGGAAAUAAAAGAAUAAAAUCUCCUAAAAUCCUACCUGCUGGAGACAAUCAACCAGAAAAACUUGAAGUGGAUGACGAGAAAUCAGAACCUCAGCUGUCCUUUGCAUUCCACUACUCUUGGUCUGACCCAUGUUUGGAUUAUGCAAUCAAUACCCUCACGGGCGUGUUGCCGCCAGUUGAGAAUUCUGUUGAUAAUGGACCCUCUACAGUCCCUGAAACUGAUAUUAAAAAACCUGCAUUUGACACUGUCACCAGAAGAAGCAGGGGCUGUCAAAAAAAUUCAGAUAAUGGACCCGCUACCGUCCAUGAAACUGAUAUUCAAAAAACAUUGUUUGACAACCUUACCAGAAGAAGCAAGGACAGUCAAAACAAUUUGCUUGACAAUGUUAUAACAAGCAGGGACAAAAACCCACCGGUGCCAUCAAAUAAAUCCAAGAGAAAGAAAGAGGUCCAAGUCCCUAUGCGGUUGUCAAAGCGACUUGCUGGCGUUGAACCGGAGGCAAGUCCUUCUGAUAAAGCUCUUGAAUAUUCCAGUAGAAAACCAUGCAAAGAAAAACCCACUGCAAAUGUAGUUUUAACUAAUGGAACAUCUGACCAUCUCUAUGGUGGUGAAGAAACCAAGCUUUUGAAAACAGAAGUGCCAAGAGAAUCAUCAAGAAAAAGUAGUAAGCGACUCGCUGGCAUUGAACCAGAGGCAAGUCCUUCUGAUAAAGCUCUUGAAUAUUCCAGUAGAAAACCAUGCAAAGAAAAGCCCACAGCAAAUGUACUUUUAACUAAUGGAACAUCUGACUAUCUCUAUGGUGGUGAAGAAUCCAAGCUUUUGAAAACACGAGUGCUAAGAGAAUCAUCAAGAAAAAGUGGUAAGUUAUAUGAUGCCCAAACUGUUCAGAAAGAACCACAAUUGCAGAAAGUUGAAGCUAAAAAUAUUAGUGAUGGUAGUUCAAAGUCAGAGCUCACCUUGCCAUUUGGUGAAUCUUGGUCAGACCCAUGCCUAGAAUUUGCAUUCAAGACUCUCACGGGUGCUUUGCCGGUUGAUUCUACUGCAGAGAUUUUUAAAGUAAUGACUCCUGGUGUUGAUAACCCGCCAAAUAAUGAGUUUUAUGGGAGAGUGACAACCAACAUGAAUGGAAAAACUCAUGACAACUCAAAUCAUUCCCGAAACAUGAAAGAGUGUAAUAUGGAUGGCCAGUCUUCAAAGCUACUGCUUGGGCAACCUGAGUUGAGGACUAGCUCCACAUCUGGGAAAAAUGUGCCUGAAUUUACCAAUGGAGAAUCUCAUCAUCAUGAAGACAACAUAAUAAGGAAUUUGGAACCUGUGUUGAGGACUAGCUCCAUAUCUGGCAAAGAUGUGCCUAAUUUUAUCACCGGAGAAUCUCGUAGUCAUGACAGCGAUGACAUAUUUAGGAAUUUGUUUGGAGAACCUCUAUAUGUUGAAGCUGAAAACACAACCCAACUUCUGCAUGAUUCUAGAACUAAUGCAUACUCACAAAUACAUGAAGAGCCAUUAAAGAAAAUUGACCAGGUUGCUGAGGGCGAAUUAUGUACAUCGGUGCAACCACCACCUUUUCAAACUGAAACGUUAAACCAUGACAAUACUGGAUUACAGUUCUGUGAGUCUUUUAUGAAUUCUUGGUCAGACCCAUGCCUAGAAUUUGCAUUUAAGACUCUUACAGGUGCGAUUCCAGUAGAGGACAAUUUAGCAAUUCCAGGGGGUAUCCAGGAACCUGCUAACUGUCAUGAUGGAAGGGAUGAUGUAUCAGCGUUGCCAGAUUUUGGAUCUUCCAAUUUUUCACAAAGUGAUUUCUCAUUUCACUUUGAUACAGGAGUGAAGUCCACACCAGGGCAGCAGUCAUCAAUGAGCUCUUCAUUCCCAUCUCUAGGCCUGCAAGGUUGUCCCGGAGUUGAUCCACAACAACAAUAUUCCCAGUUCAAUAAUAAUUUUCAAAGAAGGUAAACUCUUGCUUUUGUUGCUGAUACCGGGAUAACUGUUAUUAAUCUCUGAUUGUAAUUUUAUAGACUACCAAAUCAUUUUCAUUAAGAGCCCUUUUGUUUCCUGGUAUUUGUGAAUACAUUCUAAAGAUAAACUCUGGCUUGGUGUUUUGCAAUGUGUUGAGAAGAUCUAGUUUAGGUAAGCAAAAUGCUAGGAGGUUUAGGAGUCAGUCCAAUAACUGUUGUAAACUAUGUUAUCCUUUACUGCACUAUCUAACUAACAACUGUAGUAUUAUUAUGUAUAUCCAUUGUUAUUAUAUGGUUCAAGGUA